UAAACUUGGAAAUUGAUGUUUGGUAUUUCGGUUUGAAAAGAUGUCGUUGAAGCGGGGCAUCGGCAGUGUGGAGUACAUGAAAAAAAGAAUACCGAAAAACGCAAAGUAUCAGCAUGUGAAAACACGAUUGGACACAGGAUGCAGCCUUACAAAGUAUAUGGAAAGACUGGAGGAGAUUAAAAAAAAUUACAGGUAUCGUAAAGAUGAAAUCUUCAAGCGGUUAAAGGUGACAACAUUUGCACAAUUGAUACUUCAGGUAGCCUCUGUGUCAGACCUGAAUGAAAGCGAGAAUGACGGUGAAUCACAUGGUCUAGAAGAUGGUCUGUCAGUGGUGUCUGAUGCAGACCUUGAGAGUCUGUCUGAACACACCAACGGCUCCCCACAGGCGUUGCCUCUUUCCAAUCGCCAGGAUGCAGGCGACACCAGGGAAAUCUGCUACUCUGCCAGGUCAACGCUGCUAAGCGUUAUCAGCGGCGUGGGAGAGCUGAACCUGGACAGAAACACUCCAAAGAUGCAGAAUGAGGUGUGUAGCCCCGAGCUGGCUGACGGGCCCUACCCCGACUGCCCCUACUUACUGCUGGAUGUGCGAGACCGCGACCAAUACGACCGCUGUCACAUUAUCAGCGCGCACAGUUUCCCCAUUGCCACACUGUCUCGGACAAUGAACCCCUAUACCAGAGAAGUGCUGGAAUAUAAAAAUGCAGCAGGGAAGAUCAUCAUUGUGUAUGAUGAGGAUGAGAGAAUCGCCAGCCAGGCAGCCACCACCAUGUGUGAACGAGGAUUUGAAAAUCUGUUUAUGCUGUCUGGAGGUCUAAAAGUGAUCGCUCAGAAAUUUCCAGAGGGGAUGACGACGGGUUCCAUCCCGACCUCGUGCCUGUCCUCUCCCACGUCGUCGAAGGGGAAGAAGAGCUCUGUGCAGCAGCAGCUGCAAGCAGCAGAGAAGAGGUGGCGGUUCACAUCCGACGAGCUGGCCAAGAUCCAGGAGCAGCUGGAGGAGAUCCUCAUCCCAUGUAACUCCAACAGCCGUAUGUCCAGCCGCAUGUCAACCAUCAGCUCUCAGUCUAAAGCGUCCAGCGCUCGGAGUCAACAGGGUUCCUCCACCGCUGGGAGGGACAGCGCUAGGGUUCAAAGCAGUAGACCCUGGAAAUAACCCCAUCCACCCUCAGCCACACAGAUGUACACAAACAAACAUACCUCCAACACAAAGUCCAUUUAUUUCAGGUUACACCCCCACCCCCCCAUUCCAUUGCUGUAAAGAAACACACCUUUGGUCCCGUCUGCACAAUAAGUUUCCACAAUACUGCUGUACAGUCAGAGGUGAACAGGAAACACCUCAAUCACUUUAUUACAGCAGCUUGUACACACAGAGAGAUGUUGUGUUUCCAAUGUGUCUCUGGUGCCCUGCACCGUGUUUCACUCCAGAAUUUCUUCUGACACAGAUGCUGAAUGUGAACUCUUCUCAAGUUUUGUGUUUUUAAGUUUUGGAAGUUACAGUGCGCACAGCUCGGAAAAGUAAUCAACACUACACGACAACAGUGAGUGUCCAUUAAAUCCAUGAAAUUUACAAAUGAAAUAUGUGUAGAUAUUUCAUUUCGGUGUCAUCAUUAAACAGUGUAACACCCCCCACUCGUCUUCCUCUGACAGCAGUUUUGGUUUUUUUUUUUUAAAGAUAUUUAAUAAUUUGUGUAUAUUUGAAUGUUUGCACAGUGCCUCAUCUGUGAACGUGAAAACCUUAUUGCACUCAAAUUAACAUUUCAUGUAACCCUGUGCUUCAUUUUUCACCAGGACAUGAAUCUAUUUAAAUAAUCACUCAUUUCUGUGGGUAAAUUGCUGAAAUUUGCUUUUUUUUUUUUUCCUUUCAUUUUAACUUUAUUAUUAUUAAAGGGUGUGUUUAGCUCCGUCGGCACGACAGCCACCAAAUAAACGGCCUUCUUUAAGGACUGAGGGUGGAAUUGCUGCAGACAGAAUAAUUGAAUGUUGACAUGACAUGAAGGAUAUGCUGGGAAUUGCUGUUUCAUGUGAGGUGUAAUGUUUGUAUAAAUAAUGUCACAGAGCCUGAUCCAUUUUGUAAAAACAAAAAAGUUGUGCUGUAUUUUUCUAAUAUGCUUCAUGCUGUCAUGAUGUCUUAUUCUAAUUCCUUAACUGACACACCAACAGUCUUUAUGUGCAACUGAUGUUACUGUGACUUUUUUUUUUUUUUUUGCCUGUGUGUGUGUGUGAGAGAGGAUCGAUGUACACUGUGAUCACACUGAUUCAUUGUUCACUCGCAGUGUCACUGAAGGAAGGAAAUGGGCAUUAUGUCAUGGCUGUAACAACGUUUCCAGCAGCACUUCAGUUCCUACAGAGGUAUUUGACAAACAGUAUUUCUAAUUUGUGGCCUUUUGUUUUGUCGGCAUGUCAGUGGCUUGUUCCGUUGUGCUUGGAGCCCUUGGUACACUCACAUAGUCUCGUAUGAAGUGCAUUUAAUGAAAAUACGGACUUCUCUACUUUAGUGAUUAAUAUUGUGUUUUCAUCAUCAGUCUUAACUGACUUUAACCAGCUGAUCUCAUGACUUUGUUGGUGAAUUAAUGUGUACGAAUAA